GCGCGCUGGCAGCACGUCGUCGUCGUCGUCAUCGUCACCGGGUGUCGUGUUUGCAGUUCUAUAGAGAGAUAAGGAUAUAGCAUAUAGAGCCCCGUCGCGUAAUACUUUCCGAUAUAUUCGAGAUUGCAAAAACUGUGCGGCAAAGUGAAGUGAAAUACCCGAGAACCAGUAAGUGAUCCGAGAUCCCGAAAAGUGCGGUUCCGGCGGGACAAUAUGAUGGACGUAAGCAGCAUGUACGGCAACCACCCGCACCACCACCACCCACAUGCCAAUGCCUACGAUGGCUAUGGCUCCACCGCAGCGGCGGCCGCUACGACCUCCAGCGGCUACUUUGUUCCGCAGCAACAUCAACAGCAGUUGCAGCAACACCAGCAGCAACUGCAGCACCAGCAACAGCAGCAGCACCACCAGAAUCAGCAACAUCUCUCCUACAAUGGCUACGAGAGCAGCUCACCCGGGAGCUACUAUCCGCAGCAGCAGGCGCAGCUCACACCGCCGCCAACUGGUAACCACCAGGUGGUGCAGCAGCAGCAGCAACAGCUCUAUCCCCACUCGCAUCUGUUCAGCCCCAGUGCGGCGGAGUAUGGAAUCACCACGAGUGCGUCGGCGGCCGGCAAUCCGGGUACUCCACUCCAUCCCACGAGCCACUCGCCGGCGGAUUCGUACUACGAAAGUGACUCUGUACACUCGUACUAUGCCACCGCUGCCGUGGCCACCGUACCACCGCCCACAAACAACUCACCUGUGACUGCUGCAAACGCCACCAAUCCCCAGCAGCAGGCGCAACAGCAGGCAGCAAUCAUCAGCUCCGAGAACGGAAUGAUGUACACCAAUCUGGACUGCAUGUAUCCCACGGCCCAAACACAGGCCCAGGCCCCGGUGCACGGCUAUGCCGGCCAGAUUGAGGAGAAGUACGCCGCGGUGCUGCACGCUAGCUACGGUCCCGGACUGCUUCUAGAGGAGCAGGAUCCCAUGAUGCAGCAGGCGACGCAGUCUCAGAUGUGGCACCACCAGCAGCACCUGGCGGGAGGCUACGCUCUGGACGCCAUGGACUCGCUAGGGAUGCACGCGCACAUGCAUCACGGCCUGGCGCAUGGUCACCUGGCGAACCUGGCCACCAACUCUCACCAGCAACACCCACAGCUCCAGCAACAGCACCAACAGCAGCCGGCGCAUCAGCAGCAGCAGGUGCCACAUCCGCAGAACCAAUCGCCAGCGGGACAGCAGCAGCAACAGCAUCAGCAGCAACAGAACUCCGUGUCGCCUAAUGGCGGCUUGUCCCGCCAGCAACGCGGCGGUGUCAUCUCACCUGGUAGCUCCACGUCCUCCUCCACCGCCUCCGUUUCGAAUGGCGCACAUCCCGCGAGUACACAAUCAAAAUCGCCAAAUCACUCCAGCAGCAUUCCCACCUACAAGUGGAUGCAGCUCAAGAGGAAUGUUCCCAAGCCACAAGCUCCUAAACUACCUGCCAGCGGAAUUGCCAGCAUCCACGACUACCAAAUGAACGGGCAGCUGGACAUGUGCCGCGGUGGUGGUAACGGCGGCGGCAACGGUGUCGUCACCAGCUCUGUUGGUGUGGGCGGCAACGGAUCCUCUGGGAUCGGCAAUGUCCUGGCCGUGCAAAACUCCCUGAUGCUGGCAAACAAUGGAUCGCCCGGGAGCGCUCAUCCCAACGGAUUGGGCGUCGGCGUGGCAAUGGGCAAUGGGUCCGGAGGGGGCCUGAGCAGCUGCAGCCUCUCCAGUAGCACCAACAAUUCCGGCCGGACAAACUUCACCAACAAGCAGCUGACGGAGUUGGAAAAGGAGUUCCACUUUAACCGCUACUUGACGCGGGCGCGACGCAUUGAAAUCGCCAAUACACUGCUGCUAAACGAAACUCAGGUUAAAAUCUGGUUUCAAAACCGACGCAUGAAACAGAAAAAGCGAGUGAAGGAGGGCCUCAUUCCGGCGGACAUUUUGACGCAGCACUCGGCUCCCGUGAUCAGCGAGAAGCCGCCUCAAACGCAACAACAACAGCAGCAGCAGCAAACUGAGUUGCAGAUGAAGCCGCAGGCCAGCGAUCUGGGCAGUAACGAGUUGUCCACAGCAGCAACAUCGGCGGCAGCAGCACCAUCAUUGACGGCAGCAACCGCCAAGCAAAGUUGAAUGCUUUUCGCUGCUGAACUUGUUAUUGUUAUUGCUAUAGCUGUUGUUUUUGUUUUUAUUGUUGUUGCCGCCAAAAUAUUGACGCAUUUCGUUGUGAUAAAUUAAUAGAAAAUGCCCAGAAGAUCAGAAAGAAAUAAACUAAAUAACUAAAUAAAUAUAAUGUCAUAUUUGUAGCAAAUUAAAAAUUAAUAUAAAACCAUACAAAAUCGGUAAUCAAACGCUAGAAACUUGUGGAAUCGAGGUGCCAUAUUCAAUCUAGGGGCUGUAAAUACUUAAACUUAAUUUUCGCAUUGCCGCAGCUGAAGUUCGUUAGACUAGCAUAAACUAAACUCAGGGUUAUAUGAAAAAUCAAAAUAACUUAAAAGCACGCAGAGCAAUUGACUAAACAAGAUACUAAAACUCACAGAAUCAAAAGUAAAAUCCAAAAUUUAAAUGUUAAAUAAAGAACUACAUACUUACAUACCACGUAGAACCCCAAGUGUACACCACCACUCGUCUGUAGUAUUAUUAGCUAAGUUAUUCGUUUUGUGCUAGCGUGUAAUAAUCGGUAAAACAAUCUUGAUGUACGUCUGUAUAUUUAAUCUAGUCCUAAUUGUAACAUAAUUAUAACUGUACAACACCUACAUACAUAUAUGA